GAGUGGCGAAGCGGACGGUCGUGUGCAACUGGCUCUUUCGCUCUAAUAACCUAGCUUCGCCCGUGAUUGUGAAGUCGGGGCCGAGAGUUCACUGGCACUCGAGACUCUACCCGGGGUCAUUGCCGCCAAUGAAAUAUUUACCAAACAUGUUGGCAACAUUGCGAUUUCUAUCCGUAUCAAUAUGUGUGAUGCAAUUGAUUUUGGCACAACCGACGACCAUCCAAGAAACAGAUCCAAUAGUGUUACAGAUAACAGACAACAACCAAGGAGGUCAGCUAUCGCAAAAAGACUUUCAGAACGCACGUAAUAUAAGCAUUGUAGGUGAUGACUUUAUGCUCGAUGGCAAACCGCUCCGUAUUGUGUCAGGAUCUCUGCACUACUACAGGCUACCGGCAGAAUAUUGGAGAGAUAGGUUACGGAAAAUUAGAGCCGCCGGUUUAAACGCUGUUUCCACAUAUGUGGAGUGGAGCAGUCAUGAAGAAGAAGAAGGUGCCUAUUCUUUUGAAGGUGACAAGGAUAUUGCCAGAUUUCUAAAGAUUGCCGCAGAAGAGAAUUUGUAUGUGCUACUUCGACCUGGGCCGUACAUUUGUGCUGAAAGAGAUCUAGGAGGACUACCGUAUUGGCUUUUGAGCAAAUACCCUGAUAUCAAAUUGCGAACUACAGACGGAAAUUUCAUAGCAGAAACCAAAAAGUGGAUGGCUAAACUCUUUGAAGAAGUUAAACCUUUUCUAUUAGGCAACGGAGGCCCUAUCAUAUUGGUGCAGGUAGAAAAUGAGUAUGGCAGUUACGGAGCUGCAAAGGAGUAUAUGAAGCAAAUUCGGGACAUAAUAAAAUCUCACGUAGAAGACGCAGCACUACUUUACACCACCGAUGGUCCCUACAGAUCAUACUUCAUCGACGGAUCUAUAUCCGGUGCACUUACAACUAUAGAUUUCGGACCAACGACUAGUGUUAUUAACACUUUUAAAGAGCUGAGAGCAUAUAUGCCUGUUGGUCCUUUGAUGAAUUCCGAAUUCUAUCCUGGAUGGCUAACACAUUGGAGUGAACACAUUCAGCAGGUGUCCACUGACCGUGUAACUUUUACUCUUCGAGACAUGUUGGAAAACAAGAUUAAUUUAAAUUUUUACGUUUUCUUUGGAGGAACUAACUUCGAAUUUACAUCUGGUGCUAACUAUGGAAAAUUUUAUCAACCCGAUAUAACAUCUUAUGAUUAUGAUGCUCCAUUAUCCGAAGCUGGCGAUCCUACGGAGAAGUAUUACGCUAUACGAGACGUACUGUCCAAUUACGAUUUAGUGCCAGAUGAUAUACCCGUUCCAGUACCAUCAAAAAAAGGAGCCUAUGGACGAAUUGAAGUAGCAAACAAAAUUAAUCUGCUAUCAACAGAAGGACGUUCUAGUUUAGGAAUUAAAUACAAAGAUGUGGAAGGUGCGAAAUUACCAACGUUUGAGGAAUUGAAACAAAGAAGCGGUCUCAUGCUUUAUGAAAUGACACUUAAUGGAACCGGUGGAGUUUUGAAUAUAAAAAAACCACGAGAUUUCAUAUUUGUUUACGUUGACAAGAAACUGCAAGGAGUUAUAAGCAGAAUGAUGAUGUUAUAUUCGCUCAGUAUAAACUCAAAACCAGGCUCUACUUUGUCUUUGCUCGUUGAGAACCAAGGUCGUAUAAAUUUUGGAAACAGAAUUCACGACUUCAAGGGCAUACUUGGCUCUGUGUUAUUAAACAAUAAAACCUUAGAAGGUCCCUGGUCUGUAACUGGUUACCCAUUAGAUGUUAAGAAGAGUAAAUUGUUGAGUGAUGACAAUAUCUCUGCCUUCACUGAGGAUGCUUUAUCAGACGGUCCCAUGAUGUUCGAAGGACAGUUCGUGAUUCCUGAAGGAGAAGAGCCAUUGGACACUUUCAUUGAUACAACCAAUUGGGGGAAGGGUUACAUAUUCGUCAACGGAUACAACUUAGGAAGAUAUUGGCCAAAGGUUGGACCCCAAGUUACUCUUUAUGUACCAGGUGUAUGGCUGAAACCAGCACCAGCGGUUAAUUCAAUAAAAGUAAUUGAACUCCAUCAAGGACCUGUUAAUCCAGCCAUCACCUUUAUUGACUAUCCCAUAUUAAAUCGGACUGGCACUCUUAACGAUUACAUAUGGUUAAAUUAAAGUGUCUAUAAGUCGUCGUAGAAAGAUGCUCAUGUGAUUCUUAUGAAAAAAAAAACAAAUGUUUUUAUCUAGAUUCAAACGCUAAGAUUUGUUAAAUUGACGCAGCAUUGAGAAUAUAUUUUUAUACACUGA